GGUAUUACCCCCUACAGUGUGCGUCACACAUGUGCAGUACCCCGCCAUUAAUACAGCAACUGCCAACAGCAGUGGUCAAGUCCAAUGCUACCUAAGUACCUACACUACACCAUCAGGGUCGUUCGUACAACAAAAACUUGAUCCCGCUUGUUAAUUAACUUAAUUUACCCUCAACAACUCCAACUCCCAACUCCCGGUAUCAUUCUGGACAGUACUAAAAAAAAUAAGCGCUACGGUAUUGUUCCCGACUACGCUUUUCACUUGAUAGAAACCUGCCUAGGGUACCUACAUUUGAAGCUUCUUCAUCCUCAGGGGCUUUUCUACCCACAUCUGUAACUUUCUAUACUAGAAUCAAAUCCAGGCUAAAAGACUACAGCCCUGGAGGGAACCCGGAGGUAUUACUGAUGUGCUAGGUGUUCAAUAUUAUAUCCGUGGUCGGCUGUAUAUAUACAUAUAUAAAGUCGCUGGGAAUAUAUAAUUACUACGAUUCUCUAGGUGCCGCUGAUGAGAGUCUGUUUUCGUCAUUCUGCGUUGUUUACAACUCCACGGAUCUCGCUCUCAUCCAUAACCUCAAGACCCAAACUCGGAUCCCGAUCUUGGAACCUACAAGUCUCGCCGGCAUUUAUAUUACGUCCGAUUUCCCUAUCACGGAACGCGGUUGCUAUCGAAAUGGAUAAGGUCGACACAACUGCUCGCCUUGCCGAGCUCCGCAAACUUAUGAGCGAGAACAAAGUCGAUGUGUACAUCGUCCCGUCCGAGGAUAGCCAUUCUUCUGAAUAUAUCGCGCCUUGCCAUGCUCGUCGUGCCUUCAUCUCUGGCUUUACGGGCUCUGCUGGUUGUGCGGUCAUCACCCAUGAGAAGGCUGCUCUGGCUACCGAUGGACGGUAUUUCAACCAGGCCUCCCAUCAGCUUGACGAGAAUUGGUUAUUAUUGAAGCAAGGCCUGCAAGAUGUCCCUACGUGGCAAGACUGGUCUGCGGACCAGGCUACUGGUGGCAAAACCGUGGCUGUAGACCCAACCUUAUUAACGAGCGGCACAGCCAAGAAGCUCUCCGAAAAGAUCAAGAAGCUUGGCGGCAAGGACUUGGCUCCUGUUGAUGAAAACUUGGUCGAUAAAGUUUGGGGAGACGACCGCCCGGCUGAGCCCAGUGAGCCUGUCAUUAUUCAAGACACAAAGUUCUCUGGCAAGGAUGUCAAGACAAAGCUUGCAGAACUUCGGAAGGAGUUUGAGAAGAAGAAAUCUCUCGGAUUCGUUGUUUCACUACUCGAUGAAAUCGCCUGGCUCUUCAAUCUUCGUGGCAAUGAUAUCCCCUAUAACCCCGUCUUCUUCUCGUAUGCUAUUAUCACCGCUACUGAAGCUACAUUAUACAUAGAUUCUUCAAAGUUAAGUGCGGAAUGCCAAGCGCACCUCACAGAAAACGAAGUCACUGUCAAGCCGUACAAGGACAUAUUCGGCGACGCUGCUGCGCUGGGAGAAUCAGCAAAAACGAAGGUUGACGAAGGUGGCGAGAAAAAGAAGUUCCUUCUUUCAAAUCGCGCCUCCUGGGCUCUUAAGCGGGCGCUGGGUGGUGACGAGAUGGUUGAGGAUAUUAGAAGUCCCAUUGGUGAUUCCAAAUCUGUCAAAAAUGAGACAGAGUUAGAAGGGAUGAGGCAAUGCCAUAUCCGAGAUGGCGCGGCUCUCACUGAAUAUUUUGCCUGGCUUGAAGAUCAACUAAUAGCAAAGAAAGCAAAACUCGAUGAGGUUGAAGCUGCUGAUAAACUCGAGGAGUUGAGAGCGAAGCAAAAAGAUUUUGUGGGGCUCUCCUUUCCCACAAUAUCAUCAACAGGGCCAAACGCCGCGGUGAUCCACUACAAGCCAGAGCGUGGAAACUGUUCGGUUAUCGACCCUAAUGCAGUCUAUCUAUGCGAUUCUGGUGCACAGUAUCGUGAUGGAACCACAGAUACAACGAGAACAUUACAUUUUGGCCAACCUACGGAAGCCGAAAUAGAGGCCUUCACUCUCGUGCUGAAGGGACACAUCGCUCUAGACAGAGCCGUAUUCCCUAAAGGAACAACAGGGUUUGCACUGGAUGGCCUUGCCCGACAGCAUUUAUGGGCACAUGGACUUGAUUACCGCCAUGGCACCGGCCAUGGUGUUGGUUCGUACUUGAAUGUCCACGAAGGCCCCAUUGGUAUUGGUACUAGGUCACAAUACUCUGAGGUUUCGCUCUCGCCGGGUAAUGUCAUUUCUAAUGAGCCUGGCUAUUACGAAGAUGGUUCCUUUGGCAUUCGCUGCGAGAAUAUAGUCAUGGUUAAAGAGGUGCAAACUAAGCACAAGUUUGGCGAAAAGCCAUAUCUUGGGUUUGAGCACGUCACCAUGACACCAUACUGCCGCAAGCUCAUCGAUGCUAGCCUGUUGACGGAGGAAGAGAAGAAGUGGCUCAAUGACUACCAUACCGACGUCUGGAAUAAGACAAAGGGGUACUUUGAGGGUGAUGAGAUCACAACAGCAUGGCUGAAGAGAGAGACACAGCCGUUUUAGAUUCAUAGCUGGCUUCAUUCUCGCUUUUCAUAUAUUACAUGCAUGGUUAUGUAAACUCCUAGGUAACUAGAAUUGCAUGAAAGCAGACAUAGCAAAGAACAAUCCGAAUGACAGCUUGAACGCAGGAUUCUUUUCCAACGCUGCCAAGACACGUGAAUUCCCGAGUCGU